UCAGGAAAUACCAGCAUUACAAUGAGUUCCCUCAAUACGUCAAUGUCAGAUCAGGACGAGAUGACAAUGACAUUUGAAGAUUACGUGCGUAUCAUUGUGCCUACAAUAUUCGGUGUCAUCUGUGUUCUGGGUGUAUUUGGGAACUCAUUAGUGAUCAUUGUGGUCUUGACAGACAAACACAUGAGAAACACAACCAAUAUAUUGAUCCUAUCUUUGGCCCUGGCUGAUUUAUUGUUUUUAGUUUGUUGUGUACCUUUCACGGCUGUGAAUUACGCUGUAAAUGUAUGGCCGUUUGGCAAUUUUGGUUGUAAACUAACCGAAUACGCCAUGUACGUCACUGCUUACGCCAGUGUAUACACACUGGUCAUCAUGACCAUCACCCGGUACAUCGCUGUUGUAAUGCCACUUCGUUCCCUGACACUACUCAAUACAAGAAACACUUUGUUUGCCAUCUUUUUCAUCUGGAUUAUUAUUCUAAGUGGUAACUCGCCAAUAUUCCUGCAGUUUGGAGAGUUCCUUUAUGUCUUCCAAAAUGAAACCAGAUCAGCAUGUCUUAAUCUUCAAGAACUGGAAGACCCUGUUUCGGGCCAAGUAUUUUUCGGAUUUUUUUUCGUCAUUGGAUAUUUCAUACCCCUGGCCGUCAUAACUUUAUUGUAUGGACGCAUUCUCAUUCGAUUACGUUGUGCCGACGUCCCAGGAGAUUGUAAACAAUCAAGAGCUGAAAACAUCAGGAUGAAGAGGAGUGUCACAAAAAUGGUUGUGAUUGUCGUAAUCGUCUUCGCCGUCUGCUGGAUGCCAAUUCAAAUCAGGCUAUUUGCCGAUAGAUUAGGUGCUGACAAUGACAGUAUCAUAUACACCUGCAUUUUAUUUGCGUCCAAUUGUUUGGCGUACGUAAACAGUUGUGUGAAUCCAAUCUUGUACGCGUUUCUGUCCGACAGUUUCCGGCAGAGUUUCAAACGUCUUCUGUGCUGCAAGAGAAGUUCACAACUUUACCAAACUCCGAGGUCAAGGUCCAUCACAAGAAGUUCUCAAUGUUAA